AAAACAACCCAUGCAAGUGGACGGAAUUGUCAGUCGACGUUAACAGCUUUUCGUGCGACUAUACUUGGCUUGUCGGUUGUCUGUCAAAGUGCCAGAAAUUUGGUUUGUUCGAAUAUCGUGGCGUUUUUUUGGAAGAUGUCGCAGUCCAACGUCAUGGCGGAGGAGAUCAGGCCUAGGGCCCUGUAUAGCAUCGACCAGAUACUGGGAGUUAAUAGUUCUAACACGUCAUCCAAGAGUCUAACUGAAUCCGACCCAUCCAAAGGUGACGCAGUUAGCGAAGGAGAACUAGUGGAAGAAAGCUUGGACGAUUCUGGAGAUUCUCGCCCGAGGAAGAUAAGGAGAUCCCGAACAACCUUCACCACCUACCAGCUCCAUCAACUGGAGCGAGCUUUCGAGAAAACCCAGUAUCCCGAUGUCUUCACUAGAGAAGAGUUGGCUAUGAGGCUGGACCUCAGCGAAGCCAGAGUACAGGUGUGGUUCCAAAACAGAAGGGCGAAAUGGAGGAAGCGCGAAAAGGCCAUGGGCCGAGACGCAGUACCCUUCUUGCACCCGGGAGACCAGCCCAGCAUGCCCGAUUUCUCCAUGCACCAUGCCACCAUGGGCCUCCAAUCGAUACCCAACGACCACUUCUGGCCGGCCAUGUCCUUUCCUCCGAUGUUCAACCCCGCGAUGGGUCUGUCCUGGCCUCCCAAGAACCCCGUACCAUCCUUCCACGCAUUCCUCUCCCAGUAUGUCUUGGCAGGGGGAGUACCGCAGUUCGGGCUGCGGCCGCCCAAUCUGCAAACGGAAAGAUCCAGGAGCUCCAGUCCCGAAGCCACCAGUCCCUCCCAGCUAUCACCUGCAGCGUUAGAGGCUUUGAGAGCGAGGACACAAGAGAUCCUCCUGACCUCUGAGUCGUCACAUAAGCUGCACGCCAACUCGUAAGGUGGCUGAACAUCGCCAUGGAGGAAAGAUUGCAAUAAGACCGUUCGGUUACCUUCUGGUAUCAGGUAUUGAUGCCUGACCUGCAGAAAGUUCCAGGAGUUCUAGUCCCAUAGCCACAGCAGUCUCUUGCAAUUAUCGCCUGGAGCGGUAAAUGCUUGGAGAGCGCGGACUCAGGAGAUGUUCCCUAUAUGGAUUGACGCCCAUUCAGCAAACGGAAAGAUUCAGGAGUUCAAGUCCCUAAGCCACUGGUCCCUCGCAGCUAGGGGCUUUGAGAGCGCCGAGGACCCAGGAGAUACUCCUGACCUCUGAGUGUGACUGAACUACAUGUACUCCGACUCGUAAGGUGGCUGAGAAUCGCCAUGGAGAAACAAUUGCAAUAAGAACGUUCAGUAACUUUCUGGUAUUAGGUUUGAAUGCCUGACCUGCAGAAAGUUCUAGCAGUUAUCACCUAGAACAUCAGAUGUUUGAAGAGCAAGGACUCAGGAGAUGUUCGUGACCUCUGGAUUGGUACAUAAGCUACACACCAAUUUCCAAGAAGUUGAGGAUCACGCUGGAGGAAUACCUACAAUGACUGCGUUCAGUUACCCUCUGGGUGUUAAAUAUACAGCCGCUCAAUCUGCAGAUGGAAAAAAACAGGAGUUCUAGUCCUGAAGCUACAGCAGUCCUUCGCAGUUAUCGCCUGAAGCAUUAGAUGCUUUGAGAGCAAGGAUCGCACCACAAAUCUGUAAAUUGGAUUCACUUGCACUUUUGCUGCGGAGUUUGAACAAUGAACAACAAGACAUUUAGAAAUAUGUUUAAAGGUUUUCAGAAACAUUUCGAUAAUCCUGAUGAAUAUUCGCUCUGAAAUUUCAUGGAUAGAUACAUUGAGAAAAUUUGCGCACAUUACUAAUAUGUCAUUACAUCACGACGAACAUACAGGGUGGUACAUCAAAAUCGAUAAAAUAUUCUUGAAAUAAGUACGCUGCUGACCAUAUUUCUAUACCAGUUCUCAAAAUAUUUAUAGCACCUUAUGAGGCGAUUUGAAUAGUGAAUACUGAUUCUCCAAGUAUAUCUACCUAGAAUUUCAGAGCAAUAUCGAUCAAAAAUAUUGAAAUGUUAAAGAAAACCUUUUGAAAAUGUUUAGCUCUCGCAUCUAAGGGUAUAGUAUCUUAAAUCAGUCAUCUUAUUUCAAUAUCAGAAAUCUGCUGCUGCCUACUAUUCAAACGGCAAAAUUCAAACCAUGCAAUUCAGUCUAAGCAACUUUUUUCAAUUGUUCCCAACCAGGUCAAAAAUAGGGGAUAGGGAUUAUUUGUCUCAUUGUGUCCUUCCUUGAUAGCUGGCAGUCUUUCUAGCUCAUUAUUCUGGUAUACAUUUCUAAGGGUCGUACCAGGUGAUCACUUUCGAAUUGAUCACUAUAAAUAAUUAAUUUCCUUCCAUGCUCGAAUAUCAGUGAUGGUUUGUGUGUGUGGAAUUUAUUUGAACUGAUCCCCUUUGUACAGUUAUUGUUCAUAUUUGUUAUUUGCCUCAGAAUUUGUAAUUAAUAGAAACGAGAUGAAUGUGGAUAAAUUAUUGAAUAUCUAUUUGUAAAAUUUGUAUAUAGGUAAAUUUAUGUUGAAUGCAAUGCAAUAAUUAUUGUGAAUGUUAUAAUUGAUAAUAAUAUUAUUUCCAAUAUUACACGAUGUGAUAGCAAAUUGUUGGCUUUCGAGCUUUGCAGUUCUAUUUCAUUUAUAGGUAUCAUUCAUUAGUAUCUACUUUUUUUGAGGAGGGUCCUCAAUAUACAAUUUGUUUUGAAAAUCGAUGUUUGAAUCCGUGAUUAUCA